AUGAACCCCUCACAAACAACCCUUUCAAGCGAGUUUGCCACCGGACCAGGGUCUUCUCCUUCUGUUGCUUCGAUGAAUGACACUGUGACGACAGAAACCGUACAAUCCGACUCAGAAACUGAGAUGUUCGAACUCAACGCAAAGACUCCCACAAACUCAUCCGAAGUACUCAGACCGCUUACAAGUGCGACUGGCUCCGAAGUGAAUAUCACACAACAUGUUACUGCUUCAACAGCAAAUUCCGACCAACCUGGCCACACGUCGAGCUAUUUCAGUGAACCUGUCAACUUUACAUUCAAGAAUGACGCUCAAGAAGCAAACUAUCUUUCCUUCACCCAUUACAUGGCUAGUCAAUAUCCCAAUAGCAAUAUCUCAGAGGUCAAUGCAUCCCUUGGAGAUAAGAUCCGGUCUACGUGGCUCUCUUCCAGGCGAGAAGAUCAGCAGGGAGAUUAUCCUACUCGUAGCCAAUGGAUGGGUAUACGAGUUGGCAAGAUGGGGGAGCUUAGAGAUAAAUUAAAAAUCGGUUCGUUAGAUGAUAAGUACUUGCUGACAUUGGGUUGUGAUCUGUCUUAUCUGGAACUUCAGGAUCCUCUGGGACUGGAGGGUGCAAUGAGCGAAGAUGGGGAUCAAUCAUUUCGACCGGUUACAAGGAAAGAUCAUCUGUUAGAUAGUUUGUUGACUAAAGAGAUGAGAGUUACGGUGGAUGAUGCUGGGAGGAUGAGAAGGGAUAGUAUGAAUAGGCUGAAAGCGAUGGUGGAGGAACAAAUGAGAGAUUUGAAGUAG